AUGGAGCUGUUCACUUUCCUCGCUCGUUACCUUGCUAUCUUUGCAUUAUCUAUACGCAUUGCGCAAUCUCUGCCUUAUCUACCAGAGGAAGCAAGCUGGAAUCUAAACCAGAACCAGACAGCAACAAAUCCCCUCGACUACUCGGGGAAGUGGGAUGGCCACACAUACAACCCGUCGCCGGAGAAUUGGCGAUUCCCAUUUUACACUAUAUUCCUCGAUAGAUUCGUCAAUGGAGAUCCAAUUAAUGACGAUGCAAAUGGGACACAAUGGGAACAUAUCUUGACCUCCAACGAGUUCCGCCAUGGCGGCGACGUUUUAGGGCUAGCUGAUUCAUUUGACUAUCUUCAGGGUAUGGGGAUCAAGGGCAUCUAUCUCGCUGGAACACCAUAUAUCAACUUCCCAUGGGCUGCCGAUGGAUACUCCCCGCUUGACCUGACGCUGCUAGACCACCACUUUGGCACGAUUGAGAAUUGGCGCACAAUGAUAUCUGCGGCGCAUGAACGCGGACUAUAUGUUAUUUGUGACAAUACAUUUGUAACGAUGGGCGAUCUUAUCGGUUUCCAGGGAUUCUUGAACGCAUCCGCGCCGAUCAAUGCUCACGAGUACGAUUAUGUAUGGCAAUACGAACGUCGAUACUGGGACUUUCAGCCUGGAAAUGAGGUUGAGGAGAAGUGUCCCUGGGAGUACCCGAGGUUCUGGGAUGAUGAUGGGACUGGUUUGACCACCACAAGCCUUGGCCCUGAAUGUCGAAAUAGUGAAUUUGAUCAGUAUGGAGAAGUUGCCGCCUUUGGAAACUACACAGAGUGGGAAGGGCAGAUAGCCAAAUUUGCAUUCGUGCAGGAUCGUCUACGCGGAUGGCGACCGGAUGUGCUAGCCAAGGUCAAGCACUUUUCGUGUCUAACAAUCCAAAUGCUUGAUAUUGACGGAUUCCGCGUUGACAAGGCUCUACAAGCCACCCUCGACUCUCUUGGUGAAUGGUCCGAGUACAUGCGAGAAUGCGCUAAAGAGGUGGGAAAGGACAACUUCUACAUUCCUGGAGAGAUUGUCGCGGGAAACGCUUUUGGCUCGCUUUAUAUCGGUCGCGGUCAUCAGACGAAUCAAACAAUCUCCAAUCUGACGGAAGCGUUUAUGAUGACGAAUAAGACAGAUGAGUCAGAUGAGGUACUUUUCUUGAGACCUGCGGAGAGGUCCGCGUUGGAUGGAGCAGCGUUUCACUACACGUUAUACCGCGCCAUGAGCCGGUUUCUUGGCCUAGAUGGUUCAUACGCUGCCGAAGGCGACCCUCCAGUCAACUUUGUGGAGACUUGGAAUGGUCUUGUGGAGACCAAUGAUAUGGUGAACGUGAACACUGGUAUAUUUGAUCCGCGUCACCUGUUCGGCGUGUCGAACCAGGAUGUCUUCAGGUGGCCAGGAAUCGAAAACGGGACGAAGAAGCAGAAUCUGGGUCUGUACGUCGCUUCGUUGCUCAUGCCUGGAAUCCCCAUCCUCUCCUGGGGCGAGGAACAGGAUUUCUACGUUCUUGACAACCAGGCCGACAACUAUGUCUUCGGUCGAGGACCCAUGUCAUCCGCUCAGGCGUGGCAAAUGCACGGAUGCUACAAGCUUGGGUCAUCAAAAUACGCUAAUUUCCCGCUAGAAAGCUCUCUGACCGGAUGUGAAGAUGAUUCUGUCAGCCUCGAUCACCGCGACCCUUCUCACCCAGCGCGAGGCCUUAUGAAGAUGAUGUUCGAGAUGCGCGAAAACUAUCCUACCCUCAAUGAUGGCUGGUACUUGGAACAAUUGUCCAACCAUACUUUCGAUAUCUACCUUCCAGGGAGUGAUGGGACACCGACUGAGACUGGAAUGUGGAGUGUCAUAAGAUCACGAUUUGCGGAUUUACAGAAUUUCGAUGGUCAAGGCCAGGGAAACCAGAGCAUCUGGCUGGUUUACUCCAAUAACAACAAAACAGUCGACUAUCAGUUCAACUGCAGCAGUAAGGAUGCUUGGAUCUCGCCAUUUGCCACGGGAACAACGGUUAAAAACCUGUUUCCUCCAUUCGAAGAGUUCACUUUGACGAAUAGCUCAAUAACGCUUGGGUUUGAAGGGUCCGAGCUUCCCAAUGGCUGUUAUCACAAUCUCACUAUGCCAGCCUGGGGGUUCAAAGCCUAUGUUCCGAAAGAUAAAUUUGUAGGCCCUUCCCCAUAUAUAACGAGCUUCUCUCCAGGACAUGAUGCUCGCCUUGUGUCUCAGGGAACAACGGGAGAAACGGUUCGAAUUGGCUUCGAAUUCUCUCAGGAUAUGAAUUGUGAAAAUAUCACCAAUUCUCUGACCAUCACGUCCAAAGCGCUUGACGAGAAGGUUCCGCUGCUGAACACAAGCUCGGUGUCUUGUCAAUCCAUUGAAGAGACUGAGAUUGUGAGUUGGCCUGGAGCACUCACUAGUGUUUUUCGUUAUGAGGCAGACUUGAGCAAUGUUUUCCCAGGGGUCCACCAAGUCACACUUAACAAUGUGACUACAGCAGAUGGAAAUAAAUCUACAGGUUCCGUGGACCAUUUUCUAUUCCGUAUCGGAAAGAAAAACAAUCCGAUGAUCUGGCCACAGUUAGCCAACUACAGCAGGACGCUCCUGUUCAAUAAUCCUUCGUCUGACACUGAUCCGCUAUCGGUAACGCCACAGGCCCCUGGCGCAGAUAUGUGGCGAUAUUCACUGGAUUUUGGAGCCACAUUCAGUAACUGGAUGACAUACACGGGCUUCAACACCUCAAUUCCUGGCAAAAACUGGACUGGUACUGCGAAGCAGGCCUGGGCAGGAGAACACAUUCUUGCCCAGUACUGGAGCAAGUUGACCGGUAGUAGUGCUCAUUGGCAACAUGGGGAUACGGAAUGGGCAGAUAAUCCCCCACGUCGCUUUCCAAACUUCUGGAUAGAAGGAGAAUUCAACCAAUAUGGAUAUGAUGCUGGCUAUGCCAAUCAGAUGGCGCUUAGCAACACCACUGGUCAGUGGGAAAUUCAUUUCAUGGGCGAAUGGCCCCAACAAGUUGCAUUCAAUGCCUGGGGGUUAAACGGGGAUGGCCUGCCCGAUCAAACGCAGGUGUUUGGGGACAUUGACGGAGACGGUGUUCUGGACCAGGUUCCACCAGUCACGCUUUUGACCAAUGUUUUCAACGUAACUAUCCCACCCCCUUCGCCUUAUCUUUCCUUCCGGCUGUCAGUGAAUGAUGGCGACCUUCGAGUCUACGCUACACCUACAGGGUCCAGAUGGGUUCAGUUGGCCAUCUUUAUCCUGCUGGCGGUUGUGCCGAUCAGCACUGCUGCCGGUGCGGUGUAUGUCUACCAGAAGGCAUUCUCUCAGGUAAAAUUCAAUCAGAUUGGUGUGACUGAGAAGAGAUCAAGUUUCGCUCCGCUAGUAAGCGUCUUUCAAAGAGUGACACAUCGAUUUAAUGACAGCGAAUCCAAUUCUGGACCUACGCCAACCAUUUUGGGCGCACCCCCAUCUGAAAGUGGAGGCGUCAUUGGUGCCACGGUAGACAGAAACCGACGGACCGUGCUCAUUGCAACCAUGGAAUACGAUAUCGAAGAUUGGGGCAUUAAGAUCAAGAUCGGUGGGCUUGGUGUGAUGGCCCAGUUGAUGGGGAAACAUUUGACCCAGCAUGACCUUAUAUGGGUGGUCCCUUGUGUUGGAGGGGUUGACUACCCCAAAGACGACCCCCAGGAGCCGAUGGUUAUCACUGUCCUUGGGAAAAACUACCAAGUGGAUGUCCAGUAUCACCGGCUGCAAAAUAUCACGUACGUUCUGUUAGACGCGCCAGUGUUUCGAGCUCAAUGCAAAUCAGAGCCGUAUCCUGCCCGCAUGGAUGACUUGAAUUCAGCUAUAUUCUAUUCCAGUUGGAAUCAGUGUAUCGCUGAAGCUAUCAGGAGGUUCCCGGCAAUUGACCUCUAUCACAUCAAUGACUACCAUGGUGGUGCUGCCCCUCUGUAUCUUCUACCUCGCACAAUUCCGUGCUGCCUAUCUCUGCAUAAUGCUGAAUUUCAAGGGCUCUGGCCCUUGAAGACUCCAAAGCAGAAUAAAGAGGUUUGCAGUGUAUAUAACCUUGACCAUGGAGUGGUGAAGGCUUAUGUGCAAUUCGGUGAGGUUUUUAAUCUUCUUCAUGGGGCUGCCAGCUAUUUGAGAAUCCAUCAAAAUGGAUUCGGCGCUGUUGGUGUCUCCAAGAAAUAUGGAAAGAGAUCGUACGCCCGAUACCCCAUUUUCUGGGGUCUGAAAAAUAUUGGGGCGCUGCCAAACCCUGAUCCUUCUGACAUCGCCGAGUGGUCUCCAAGCAUGAAUAAUAGUCUCGAAGAUGUCAGCAUUGAUACAGAAUUUGAGGCCAGUCGUGCAGCACUCAAGAAACAAGCUCAAGAAUGGGCAGGAUUGAAAGUCGAACCUGAGGCCCAGCUAUUUGUGUUUGUCGGUCGCUGGUCUAUGCAGAAAGGCGUUGAUCUAAUCGCAGACAUUUUCCCUUCCAUUCUUGAUUCUCACCCAAAGGUCCAGUUAAUGUGCAUUGGUCCAGUCAUUGAUCUCUACGGACGCUUUGCCGCAAUGAAAUUGAAUCGACUAACCGAGCUCUACCCUGGGCGAGUCUUUUCCAGACCAGAGUUCACUGCACUGCCGCCCUUCAUUUUCAGCGGAGCUGAAUUCGCCUUGAUCCCUUCGCGUGAUGAACCGUUCGGUCUGGUGGCCGUGGAAUUUGGACGAAAGGGGGCUUUGGGUGUGGGAUCACGUGUUGGUGGCCUUGGGCAGAUGCCGGGAUGGUGGUUCACGAUCGAGUCUAUGACAACCAAGCAUCUUAUCCAACAGUUCAAGAUGGCCAUAAAUGACGCUCUGAAAUCGUCACAAGAGACACGGCAGGUCAUGCGUGCACGAUCCGGCAAGCAGCGCUUUCCCGUUGCACAGUGGGUUGAGGAUCUGGAAAUCCUUCAAACGACCUCAAUUGAAAAGCACACCAAGUACUCUGACCGCCAAGAUCGCAGCUCAUGGCGGAUGUCCGGUGGCAGUAACUUUGUUCCAGAAGGCUUUCGCAAAGCUGCGUCAAGCUCAAAUACAAGCCGCGACCAGAGCCGAUCACGCAGCUCUACCGGCUCUGUUCCAACGAGCAGACCACCUACCGCUGAUGUGGGAUCUCCUGCGUCUCGACCUCAACAAGGCCUCGACCAGAUUUACUCGCCCACGGAUCUUUCUGUCGGUCUCAAUAUAUCCGAGAAUGGGCCUCAUUUCGGAGUCAUGCAUGAGGGCGGCAGCACCCGUCCAUCGUCAGUUGGGACGCCUAGUGUUUCUUUUGGUCAAUCCGGCGCCAGCACACCAAUUCGCAGCGGAGGCCCAGGAGACGGCCUGGUGGAACGAGGAGAUGUCAGGGCAUCCCUGAUGAGUCUGGUCAGCGUCGAUGAUAUUAUCAAGGAGAAACAAGACUACAACCUCCAGAAAGUUGAUCCGUUCUUCACAGAUGUGAAUAAUGAGUAUGCGGAGAAAUUCGAGAGAAAGCUCGCUGACCUGAAUGGCAAAAAUUCUGAAGAUCAGCUCUGCAUUGGAGAGUUUCUCGAGAAGAGUGAAAAGGACUGGUUUAAUCGAUACCACGAUGUCAAAUUGGGCAAGUCCCCAUUGCCGUCUCCUGCUCCCUCUUUCUUUCGCUUCAAGCCUCAUGAGAGCAGUCAAUCAGAGACUCCGCCAGCUACAGGUUUAAAUGCAGACCCAAUUGCCGCGCAAUUUGCUCUUCCAAAUGACUAUAUUCCCCCUACGGGUCUGAAGCGUUUCAUGUUGAUGAAGUUGGGUGAUUGGCCCGUAUACUCCAUCUUCCUUGCUGUUGGCCAAAUUCUCGCCUUGAACUCGUACCAGAUCACACUCCUAAACGGUCAGAUUGGCGAGACAGCCGAAAAGCUGUACAUCUUGGCAUCCAUCUAUCUGGCCUCUUCGAUCAUCUGGUGGAUGCUGUUUCGUCUGGUCCCCUCAGUCUAUGUGUUGUCGACUCCUUUCAUGAUAUAUGGUCUUGCCUUUCUGUUUGUCGGUCUUAGCGGUCCCAUGCGCAACACCACAAGUCAACCUUGGUUACAAAACGUAGGAACUGGGCUGUACUCGUUUGCAUCUUCAAGUGGCUCGAUUUUCUUCGCACUCAACUUUGGAGAUCAAGGUGGAGCACCUCUGAGGUCUUGGAUUUACAGAGCGACAGUCAUUCAGGGUACUCAGCAGUUAAUGAUCAGUUUCCUUUGGUACUGGGGUAGCUGGAUGUCAUCUCUUAAUAACAGCGGGAGCACGCGAUACAGCCUUGCCACGACUGAUCCAAACGUUCUACUCGGGAUUGGAGUUGGUCUUGCCUGUCUUCUGUGGUUUCUGGGAGCCCUGGUCUUCUUUGGACUUCCUGCGUAUUAUAAACAAGCACCAGGUCAAGUGCCGACAUUCUAUACAACGCUAUUCCGGCGUCGCAUCAUUGUUUGGUUUUUCUACAUGGUGUUUAUCUCGAACUACUGGCUUUCGGCACCUUACGGACGAAACUGGCUCUUUCUCUGGUCCAGCAAACAUGCAACCUCGUGGGAAAUCAUUCUACUCAUUCUAUUCUUUUUUAUCGUUAUUUGGGCGGCAGCCCUCUGGGUGUUUCACGUCUUCUCCAAGAGGCACGCCUGGUUUAUCCCGAUAUUUGCCAUCGGCCUUGGCGCUCCUCGAUGGGCUCAGAUCUUAUGGGCAACCUCUAACAUAGCCACAUACGUUCCCUGGGCGGGUAGUCCAGUAACUGGAGCUCUCGUUGGUAGAGGAUUAUGGCUGUGGCUGGGAGUUUUGGAUUCCCUUCAGGGUGUCGGUUUUGGUAUGAUCCUUCUCCACACAAUGACUCGAUUCCAUAUCACCUUCACCCUCUUAGCUGCGCAGGUGGUAGGCUCCAUUGCGACCAUCCUUGCCCGCGCCACAGCGCCGGAUAAGUUGGGUCCUGGUAAUGUUUUCCCUGAUUUCUCAGCUGGCAUCAUAGCCGGUUUGGAGAAGGCAGAUUUCUGGGUCUGCCUCCUUUUCAUGCUAUCCAUCAACGUCCUCUGUAUCUUCUUUUAUCGCAAGGAGCAACUUACGAAGCCUUGA